ACCAGAAUGAAGUGAUUGUUCCUGUUCUCUUUCUUAAGUCAUUUGGAACACUGUCCCUCCACGUUUUCUAAAUGCACUGCAGCUGCCACACAAGAAGUGACAACUUUGCCAAUUAGAGAGCAAUUACAAGCAUUGGGUCACUACCACUGUUGGGUCAGCACCUGAAAACUUGAAACGAAAGAUCACAGCAUGGACUCUUGUACUUUAAAUCGUUCUAGUGCAGAUAAAGAUUUUGGAGAUAUGAUCUUAUCAAGAAGCAUUAAAAAAGCUUGUUGUAUUGCACUGCUCACUAUUCAAGAUGUCUAGAGCUCUUGCAGAUGCAUUCCAAGCCCAUUUGGCCCAAAAGUGAUGAUUUAAUGAAGCUAGAACAUCCAGGAGAACUUCAAUGCAAUGAAGAAAGAGGACACAUAUUGCAAGAUGGACAAUGUACAAACCUUUUCCUUUGCUCAUUGCUUGGAUCCUAUUGUAAAUACCAAUAUAGUUUCACCCCUCAGUGAGGGAUUCAGGACACAGCUUGCCCAAUUUGGAUACAGCCCUCCCACAGAUUUAGAAAACUUCAAAAGUUCUUUGGAAGGGGGAUCUCGUAAACGUAAAAGUAUGCCAAUGAAAGUGCCUUCUACUGUCCCUCCAGGGGAUCCCACAUCUCCAUUGGGAAACCCUGAAGAAAAUCUUGAGGGAGGUUCUCCCAGCCUCCCUUCAAUAUUUCAGCAUGAAUCCACGCAGCCACAGUACAAUGCUCACAUGAUCGACCUCUGCAACCUUGGUUAUCACUUUUACAGGACUCUGGAGCACUUUGGGACACAGCCUAUCAAAGAAGAACCAAUAAAGCCCAAUGUUCUAUGGCCUGGUCCCACCACUUUUCUUCAGGCUCCCUAUUCCUACUAUCCCAAAAUUCAUCCUUCUCUAAUGUUUCCUUUUAUGAUGCCCCCAGAUUUGCAUUUUAGAAAUCCUUUCCCAUUGAAAAGGCCCCCGGAGCCUCCCUUCAAAAAGGUUGAGUUAAAUGAGCAAGCUGAAAAGAAGCAAAAGGUGGAAAGAGUAGAUGUCAACAUUCAGAUUGAUGACAGCUAUUACAUUGAUGUCGGAGGAGACCAGAAACGUUGGCAGUGCCCCAUGUGUGACAAGUCUUACACAUCCAAAUACAACUUGGUCACUCACAUCUUGGGGCACAGUGGCAUCAAGCCCCAUGCUUGCUCCCGGUGUGGCAAGCUUUUCAAGCAGCUGAGUCAUCUGCAUACCCAUAUGCUGACUCAUCAAGGCACUCGACCUCAUAAGUGCCAAGUGUGUCACAAGGCCUUCACCCAAACUAGUCACCUGAAGAGACACAUGAUGCAGCACAGUGAGAUUAAACCUUACAGCUGCAGGAUUUGUGGAAGGGGUUUUGCCUAUCCCAGUGAGUUGAAAGCUCAUGAAUCCAAGCAUGAGAGCGGCAGAGAAAAUAUCUGCAUUGAGUGUGGCCUUGACUUCCCAACUUUGUCUCAGCUGAAGAGGCACCUAACCACCCACCGAGGUCCUGUUCAAUACACUUGCACCGAGUGUGACAAGAUAUUCCAGUACCCAAGUCAGCUGCAGAAUCACAUGAUGAAGCACAAGGAUAUUCGCCCAUAUAUUUGCACUGAAUGUGGCAUGGAAUUUGUGCAGCCACAUCACCUGAAGCAGCAUUCCUUGACUCAUAAGGGUGUGAAAGAGCACAAGUGUGGAAUCUGUGGCCGAGAGUUUACGCUACUUGCCAAUAUGAAAAGACAUGUCUUAAUUCACACCAAUAUCAGAGCCUACCAAUGCCACCUCUGCUUUAAAAGUUUUGUGCAGAAACAAACUCUUAAAGCCCAUAUGAUUGUCCAUUCAGAUGUCAAACCUUUCAAAUGUAAGCUGUGUGGAAAAGAAUUUAAUCGAAUGCAUAAUUUAAUGGGCCACAUGCACUUGCAUUCUGACAGCAAACCAUUCAAAUGCCUCUACUGUCCCAGCAAAUUCACCUUGAAGGGGAACCUCACUAGACACAUGAAAGUCAAACAUGGAGUCAUGGAAAGAGGAUUUCGUUCUCAAGGUUUUACAAGGGAACAACUGAGACUAUCACAAACAGAUGCCUCAAGAAGCCUAGAACAGGAAGAACCUUUUGACCUUUCCCAAAAGAACCACAGGCAAGGACUUUCCUUUCAUUCUGACAGGGAGACUGCGAAAGAAAAUUCAAGGCAUGAUGAAGAAGACAAUUGCCACAGGGCAGAGCAGUAUUCUCCUCGCAUGCAUGACAAGGGCAAGAACCCUAACAGACUGCAGGAUCCUCCAAGCAAAACAGAAAAUGAGGUUAAGGAUUUCAGAGAGUCAUACUGUGAUGGAAAAGAGAAAAAGUUCAAAGACACCAUUGAGGACAAACAAGAAAACAAAAGGGAGCGAAGCCAGGUAGAGAGAGACUUUGUGAAUAACAACGAGGGAUAUCACUUCGAAAGUAAUAGAUUCACUCAGUCUCUAUCUGACUAUUUGUACUUUCAACAUAGGAACAAGAGUUUGAAGGAGCUGCUGGAAAGUAAAAUUGAGUCACGAGCUGCUUUUCUGGGGAUGUAAAUGGACAUCACUGAACUUAUCUUUGGGGAAAUGAAGUGUUUUCAGAAUUUUGGGCUAUCAUGAACAAUAAAAUUGUAAAUGACUGGUAAAUGGUAGCAAAAAUUAUAAACAAAAAAAAACCGUAGCAAAAGUAAUUUAAGACAAAUAUUCCCUUGUUCUUUCAGGUUUUCUGUUUUUACACAGUGAUAUUUUAGAGAUUAAUUUAAUAUAUCAUUCCCUUCCCAAUAUUUGGACUAGGUCUGCAUGUUCAACAGAACAAAGUGGAAGAGUCCUGAGGUAAUAAGUAUAAUAGAUGGCAUACAAGAUAAUCUUUUUUUAUGUUUUCCUAUGUGAUAACUUUUUUCCCAUCACAACUUUUUCCAGGCUACAUGAUCCUUGUUUUUGUUUGUAUAUGUCAAGUCUCUAACUCAACAUACCACCGUUUGCUUCUGCCAGUUGUGUAGCUCAGUCCAGGCCUCGGUUCCAGGCUCUUAAUAUUCUGUCACACUGUGGCAAGGCCAAGAACCAAGAACCUGAGCAGUUCUGUCUGAGCAAUAAGAAAUAACGAAGAACCCAGUUUCUUAUUCAGACACUGAAAUAAUACUGUUUCCCCAAGAGUAAGACAUUUCCUAGUAAUAAGCCCAAUCAGGCUUUUGAGCGCAUGCCCUCAAAUAAGCCCCCCCCAAAUAAGCCCUCCCCAAAAAUAUUUAAACGCAUGCACAGCCAGUCCCCACCAUUUCCUCUGGUUUCCUCCAUGUGCCCCAAAAUAAUAAGACCUCCCCAAAAAUAAGGCCAAGCGCUUAUUUUGGAUUUCAAAAAAUAUAAGACAGGGUCUUAUUUUUAGGGAAACACAAUAGGCUUAGCCUCUUUGUGGUGGUAUCCGUUUGUAUCUGUUUUUGUUUCCUGAUUUUAUACAGUAAUAUUAUAGAUGUUAAUCUUUCCAAACUCUUUCACCAUAACCUGUCUAGGUUAAUAACCACAUGCACUCUGCAGAUAACCCUUAAAGGCCUACUUUUUAUACAAAAGCUGUCAGUUAUAAAAUUGCUCUUUUACUAGAUCGAUAUACCCUACCAUGAGAGAAAGAGAAGUUUAUUUCAGUUCUGGACAGUGGGUUUUUUUUAUAUAUAUAUAAUACAGCUUUGUAUUGUUUGCCUUUUGGUGGGGACAUGGAUGGGCCUUUCAGUCUUUGUUGAGUCCUGGCAACUGACUGGACAAGUCCUUGAAGUUUUCUUGCAAGGUUUUUGAAACUGGUUUGCAAUUUCCACUGUCACCAUUUGGUUUCAUGCCUGUGGGAAUAAAUUCAGUCUCUUAGUUUCUAGCUUGAUGUCUGAACCAGUACCACGAUAUUAGUAUAGAAUUCGCUGUAUAGCUGCAAUAAAUACUUAAAUGUAUUAGAGUGCCAUUCCAUAUCUUCACAAUAUAGACCUGAGGUGGCGCAGUGGUUAGAGUGCAGCACUACAGGCUACUUCAGCUGAUUGCUAGCUGCAGUUCGACAGUUCAAAUCUCACCAGCUCAAGGUUAACUCAGCCUUCCAUACUUCCAAGGUCAGUAAAAUGAGGACCCAGAUUGUUGGGGGCAAUAUGCUGAUUCUGUAAACCGCUUAGAGAGGGCUGUAAAAGCACAAUGAAGUCUAAGUGCUAUUACUAUUGCUAAUAGUCAAGUCUACUUAGUGAUAUACAUACUUAAAAAAGCAGCCAAGGAUGCAAGAAUGCUGUAUCAUUUCAUUUAUUAUUAUAAUAAUAUAAUAAUUAUAUUUAUAUAAUAAUUAUAUUGCAGUAAAGUUUGAUUAUUUUCUCCAUACUGAAAGAUGCACCCCAAAAGAAUUUCUUGACAGAUUAACAAAAAUAAGCAUUUUAAUGUAAUCUUGUGAUACAGAGGUGAUCCUUAUGUUUCCAUAGAUUCUUUUAUGUGGAGAUUGUUCUUCAUGUGGGAUAAUAUGAAGAAAUAUCUAAAACAUCUUCUAGGAGGUUGAAUUGCCCUUUAAAUGAUUUCUAUAGGCUGUUUGCUUUACUUGUAGACUAUGCUAUACGUGCACUGUAAGGUUAUUAAGCACAAUAAAAUCACAGCAUGGGUUUGUUAACCUUAAGCGUCCCAUGUCUAAACUACAUCUGCUAAAGACCUUAUUCCACUCUUCAAAAAUAUUAUCAAGGCAAGUAUUGAUUAGAUCUGCAUUAAGUUUCAAAUCACUGAAUGUGCGCUGACUUUACACGGACUUUAUGCUGGACAGUAGAGCUAUGGGAAACGUUCAAAACAGACCCUUUGCAGCAUUUGAAUGUGCAAGCGAAGCACUGCUAUUCAAAUAAUUAUGUUGUGCCUCGUCCGCUUUCCCCGCAGCCGGGGCCUUCUUAUCUGCUUCCAAACGCUGAGGAAUAUCCUAGCAUGCCUCCCGGCCCCAGCCCUGGCUCUAUGCCCAGGCAAAUGGAGCAACUAGACCUCUCCCCCUCCCCCACAGCAUAUGAGCCUGAGGAAGGUCAAUUACCAACAGCUGCAGACUGGAGUGACCCUCGCUUCAGGAGAAUUGAUAAGCGGCGUCAACAGAAGGAAGGGAGGGGCAGGCUGGGAUAAGUGCUGAGUCAUGGAGCCACACCCCAUGGCCUAUAUAAAGGAUUUGCUUUCUGGCAUUCUCUGAGUCAGGCAAAGUCUACCUUAUCUUGCUGAAAUCACUUUCUGGUCUCCUGCCUGCCUUGAGAACUUUGCUAGGACUUUGGCAGAGCUGCAGAGGCACGCCUGAUACGGACUUCCCUGACCCAGCCGUCAGCGGAGGAGUGGGACACGACAAAUUAAAGGAGAUUUGUCCUCUACAACAGGGGUCUCCAACCUUAGCAACUUUAAGAUUUGUGGACUUCAACUCCCAGAAUUCCUCAGCCAUCUUUGCUGGCUGAGGAACUCUGGGAGUUGAAUUCCACAAGUCUUAAAGUUGCCAAAGUUGGAGACCCCUGCUCUAGAAGGUUUGCCACAGCUGCAUUGAAGAUUGUGCUUGACAGUUUGCGUGUACCUGUGCAGACAACUUCUGUGGAACUGCCGGUGAAGGGACAGAAACUGGGACAGACUUGAAAGCAGCUACACAGGCCUUCCAAAAGAUGCAAUUGCCUUAACGCUUUGAGGAGAGAUGUAUCAUACAUGCUAGCAUACUUUGCAGAGCACAGUUUCAAAGGCUUUGUACAGCUAUUUUGGGGAGAAAAAUUUAGUGAGAGAGAUAAUACAGAAACAUACACAAGAGCAUUGCCCCCAUUAAAAUAAUUUAAGGGAUCUCUGAUCUAUAAAAUUUACUAUAUCUCAUGCAUAUUAUAUGAAUGAAGGAAAUUCUAUACUUUUUUGGUGACUGAUGAUUAUAGAUAUCAGAUAAGGAGAAACUUGCACGCAGAUCUCUGUGGAAAGUAGAAUUGUCACAUUCUUUCAAAUUGUGCAAAACCUAGCCAUAAAAAGGGCAAAUGUUCUUUAGCUGAAUUAAUUCAGAUGUAGUAACUAGAAAAUGAAUGUAAAACAAUGAGCACUAUUUUACUAUGUAUUUAAACUUCCCAUUUUAUGAAGUCUAUCUUUACCAGUGUCCUUAUAAUCUCUGAAGUCUCAUUUCUCUUCCUUAGUAAUAAUUCAAUCCUGCCAGAAUAUGAUCUCCAAAUAGUGGCGAUAAUGAGGGAAUUCAAGAAUUUAAUACUUUCUCUUCCCCUUUACAGUAAUUGAUUGAAUUAGUGUGGAAAUAUUUUCAGCAACAGAAGAAUCAGAAAUAUGGUUGUGUAAGUUCUUUUUUUAGAAAAUCAAAAUGCUGGGCACAGCAUUAUUUGGAAGUGUGCCCAUGUGGCUCCUGUCCAAGGUAAUUUUGCAUAAGGUGCAAUUUACUGGAUGGUAUAGAAGGGAUGAUAGCUUCAUGGUACUUUGGUGUUUGCUUAUAUUGCCCAUAGCAGCCAUCUUAAGAAGUUCCCUUGAACAAUAUUUUCCAAGACUUCCUGCAACAUAAUCCUGAAAGGUUGGAGAGAGCUGUUGUAGUGACUGCAAUGUACUCCGCUCUAAUGUUUCCUAACUAUUUAGCAUUCUCAAGACAUUUGAUUUAUAUACUGUUAGCGUAGGCAUCUGGGUUGAUAGGUAAACCAGAGGAGGGCAAGUGACAGAGUAUGUAUUAUGUCAGGGUACAAACUCUGCCCCUAGAAUACUUAUUACAUAUUACAUCACAAUGCAAAUAGAAAGAAUAGAACUUGUAACAUGACAUCAUAGAACACGUUUCAUCACUUAGGUGUCACUAUGUUUAGGAUAUUAUAGGAUGCUAUGGCUAUUAGGACUUGGGAAGUAAGUCAUGCAGAGUUCAGUCAACUUAGGGAAAAAACUAGAAAUUAUAUGAUGCUAAUACAUUUCCUCCCAUUCAAAUAUCUUCAGAGAAAGGAUUUCCCUGGUAAUGGCAACAGGACAAGGAAAGGUAAAUUCCUCUUCUCUGUUUAAUCUUAUGAACCUAAAAAUCAUCAACUCAUCCACCCAAUUCUGUUUGCAUUUUGAAAAAUCUAUACAGUAAUUUAUAUGUAAAGCUACACUUAGCAUCAGGGCUAAUUUGGCAUUUGCUUCAAAGCACAGAAAUGAGAAUAAUGUUAAAAUACGAUUCUUCAGUUGGUGACUUUGCUCCUUUGUUCAGUAUGCCUUACUGCCAUUAUGUGCAUAUGAUUAUGGCCUUAGUUUAGCUUAUGGCAACAAUAUGAUCUGUAUCUUAUUGGAUCCUAGUACUUUGAUAUUAAAAUGAGAACUUGUAUGUAAAGAGGUCAACAAUAAACAGUAGGCAUGUUUCUUCUGUUUCAUUGGACACAAGUUUGAAACUUCAUUAUAUAGAUCUGUACUGGCUAAGGGGAUGUUCAGAUGUAGCUGUUCAAUUAGGAUUGUAUGACUUUUUGGAGAAGUGGAAAUGGUAUUUGACCUUUGAUCAUUGUGCUUGGAGAUGCUCUCUAAUAACAAGCAGAAGACAAAUAAAGGCCAAAAUAAAUUUGACAUGGUGGUCUCUCACUAUCUACCUAAAAAUUUUCCAUAAAGCAUUACAUUAACAUUUCAAUUUGGCUAAUUUCCUUUUUGUCAUGUUCCUUUUGAUCUUUGGUAAUUGUAGUUUUCCAUGCACUCUGUAAGGUAUAGAUUCACAAAGAUAUAGUUGCAAUAUUCUUUAUAGUAAAUCUUAAAGGUAUCCCUAUAAAUAAAUAUACUUUAUUUAAGAACAAGUAAUACCAGUAAUCCCUGACAAGUUACUUAAUGACCAUUCAAACUUACCAUGGUCUCAGGAAAAGUCAUUUGUGACCCAUCCUUGACAUUAUGACUAUGACAUCACCCCUCCAGUCACAUGAUCAUAUUUCAGGCACUUGGCAACUGGCUUGCAUUUACAACUGGUUCUAGCUGGGGUCUUCAACCUUGGCAACUUUAAGACUUGUGGACUUCAACUCCCAGAAUUCCUCAGCCACCUUUGCU